AGAUUAUAAUUGACGAUUUUGUAUCGAUUGAUUAUAUAACUGACAUAACCGCUCACCACUACCCUUUUAAUUCUUCACCCCAUCUUCAUAUUCACACACGCAUGUCUAUAUAUACAGAAAUAGCCACUUUGUAGGAAUGCGAAUUUGCAGAAAUCUAGAGCUCUCAUUUUGGGAGAAUUUCGUUUGACUCAUAAAGAAGGGAGCUUUAUUGCUUUUCAAGAUUCUUUUUUUCAAUGAUUUGAUUUGAUUUGAUUUGGGUUUAGAUUUUAGCACGUUUGAAGGGGGGAAAUGGCCCCGCAAAUAGGGAAAAUGGUGGUUGCCGUUUUCAUUCUUCUUUUCUUGGAAUUAAUUCAAAUUCAUUGCAAAAUUCCCACAACCCUCGAUGGGCCCUUUGAUCCUGUCACUGUUUCAUUGGAUGAGAAUUUCAGGGGGAAUGCUAUUGAUUUGCCUGAUUCUGACCCCAGAGUGCAAAGGGAUGUCUCAGGUUUCGAACCUGAACAAAUUUCGGUCUCUCUCUCUUCCACUCACGAUUCUGUCUGGAUUUCUUGGAUUACAGGGGAAUUUCAGAUUGGUGACAACAUCAAACCGUUGAAUCCGAAGAGUAUUGCCAGUGUGGUUUACUAUGGGAAGCUAAGAUUUCCUAUGCAUCGCAUAGCUACCGGAGAAUCUGAAGUCUACAGCCAGCUUUAUCCCUUCAAAGGACUCAAGAACUACACUUCCGGAGUCAUUCAUCAUGUCCGUCUCACAGGUUUGGAUCCUGAUUCUCAAUACCACUACAAGUGUGGUGAUCCUUCAAUACAGGCCAUGAGCCGUAUCCUACAUUUUAGGACAAUGCCAGUUUCCAGUAAACAUAGCUAUCCUGGUAGAGUAGCUGUGGUUGGAGACCUUGGUCUCACAUACAACUCCACUUCCACGAUUGAUCAUGUAACGAGAAACAGUCCUGAUCUAAUUCUGAUGGUUGGAGAUCUGUGCUAUGCUAACUUGUAUCUUACCAAUGGCACUGGUUCUGAUUGCUAUUCAUGCUCGUUUCCAAAUACUCCUAUACAUGAGACUUAUCAGCCCCGGUGGGAUUAUUGGGGAAGAUUUAUGCAGCCACUGAUAUCUAGAAUUCCAAUAAUGAUGGUGCAAGGGAACCAUGAAAUAGAAGAACAAAUCCACGGCCAGACUUUUACUUCCUUCACUUCUCGAUUUGCUUUCCCACAUAAAGAAAGUGGCUCUUCUUCCCCAUUCUAUUAUUCGUUCAACGCAGGAGGCAUACAUUUUGUCGUUCUAGGUGGAUAUGCUGCCUACGGCAAGACAGAUGAUCAAUACAAAUGGUUGCAAAGGGAUCUAGCUCAUGUGAACCGAGAUGUUACUCCGUGGUUAGUCGCUACAUGGCAUCCUCCCUGGUACACCACUUACACGGCACACUACCGGGAAGUUGAAUGCAUGAGGGUAUCCAUGGAAGAGUUACUGUACAAGUAUGGUGUCGACAUAGUCUUCAACGGCCACGUACAUGCAUAUGAGAGGUCAAACAGAGUGUACAACUACACUCUUGAUCCAUGUGGUCCUGUCCACCUCUCAGUUGGCGAUGGGGGAAAUAGAGAGAAAAUGGCAACGAUACAUGCUGACGAGCAUGGCAACUGCCCAGAGCCCUCCACCACGCCCGAUGACUUCAUGGGGGGAUUCUGUGCACAAAAUUUUACAUCUGGACCAGCUGCUGGGAAGUUCUGUUGGGACCGACAACCUGAGUAUAGUGCUUACAGAGAAGCCAGCUUCGGCCAUGGAAUUCUCGAGGUGAAGAAUGAGACACAUGCUCUGUGGUCGUGGCAUCGCAAUAAAGACAUGUACAACGAAACUGGUGAUCAGAUUUACAUUGUAAGGCAACCUGAGAGAUGUCCAGUUGAACCCCAGGUAAUCAAACUCUGGGGAACUGAACAUUUGAACAGUGCAUCUUUUUUUGAUUCUAUUAAUUGAAUAUUUAAAAGUUUCUGGAUCUUGAAGGGUAUGAAUUCUUAUAGUAUCCUUUUAAGGUUUCAACUGGAAACAGCUGUAAGCCCACUGCAAAAAUGAAAAUUUGAAGAAAAAACAUUGUUAGCUUGUUAGUAGCUUUUAAAAAAUAUUGUUAGCUUGUUAGCUUCUAAGGUUUUAGAAUUUUGUACAUUACUACAACUUGUGUAAGAUUGUCAACAGAUGUUCAAUGAAGGAAAAUUUACUUGAA